UACCUUAAAGAUUCAAUUUGAAUCCAAAAAGCAAACAUGUUCACAACAUAUUAAGGUACUUGAAUGAACAAAAAUUGAAGAAGGAUCUACCUACAUUGGUAUAGUGGUUUCUAGUUUAUGUUUUUGUGAAUUUGAAUUCGAGUUUACAAAAUACAUUCAUCUUACACAAACGUCAAGGAAACUUUACUAAUGUAAACGCCCUUUUCGUGUAUUCGUCAACAAUAGGAAAAAGUAUACAUCAGCCUCCAAAAUAUCAAGGAUACUACGUAGAAGAUAACAGAAAAAAUCCCAAUACAUUUCAAAAUGCGAUACGUCCAGUCCUAAUAUUGGCCUAUAAUAUGGCACUUUUCCCAGUGCAAGGUAUAGAACAACUGGAUGCAGAGAAAAUAAAAUUCUCAUCAAAAAGCCUACCGAACUUCAUAUCAUUUUAUCCAUACUUCGGUACACUAGUAAUGAUGCUUUUAAGUCUGGCAUGGUUUAUUAAAAAGGCAUCACUUCUUCGAACAUUGCGCAUAAUCUUCUUUGGCACAAGUUGGAUUUCGUGUGCUCUCCUCAGAGAGCUAGCAGUGCAUUGGCCUCAAUUGUGCAGAGUAUGGGCCAAAUGUGAACAAACCACCAAUCUGGGAUAUCCUACAAACUUGACUUUAAAAUGCCACUGUUUUAUUUUUAUCUACAUAAUGACUGCCGUUUGUGAACACGGCCUUGCAUUGUCAAAUGCAUUCAGUGAAGCAGCAGCGUGUGGCGAUGCUUUGAGGAAUUUGUGCACCCACUGGUUCCCUCAAGUGUUCAACCUGGUGCCUUUCUACAGACCUUUGGCUAUCAUCAUCAUGACCAUCAACACUAUAGCAACAUUCACAUUCAAUUUUGUAGAUUUGCUGCUCAUCACAACUGGCUACAUACUCGCUAAUCUGCUCACCCAGUAUAAUAGAGUUUUGGAGGAGGACAGCCAUAAGAUAAAACUUCCCUCGUACUACUGGACUGUUAAAUUUCAAAUAUAUAAUGAUAUGAUCAGUUUGGCAAAUAUAGUAUUUGGAAGAGUGUCGAAACUAUUGCUAUUGUCUUUCUUCAUAUCCGUUUCUUUAAUUUGCUUCCAGUUGUACUUCAAUUUGACGCCUGUAGAAAGAAGUACUGUAGGAAAAAUCUACUAUGUGAUAUCUUUAACCUAUUUGGUUGCAAGAUGUUAUCUACUGUGUAUAGUUCUUGGAUCGGUUCAUGAAGAGGGAGCCAAAGUGAAGCGUUUCAUACAUGCAAUUCCUUCUCAAUCAUACACUCCCGUGGUGGAGAGAUUUUUAUUACAUGUCAACAACCAAAGCAGUGAAUUCUCUGCUUUUGGAUUUUUCACUGUUACACGGACAACGAUUAUAACGAUAAUGAGUAUUGUUUUAUCGUACGAGGCAAUAAUGCACCAAUUCAAAACUCUUAUGAUCGAUGUUGAAGACGGACAAGCAUUGAAGAGAAAUGCUUCGAUUGAUUGUUCCAAAUAUUUGCAGCUUGGUGAUUGAUACAACUUUCAAUUUCCAAGUAGAGAAAAUAUCCAUUGGUUUUUGGAGGAAAAUAUUGGGGAAUUUCACCUCAGCUUACUACAUUUGCAUUUAUAAAUACAAUUCUAUAAAGUAGAGUAUCUGGAAUUGAGUGAAUAAAUAAAAAUAUUAAUUUUACAAAA